GGAAGGGCUGGACGGGUUGCCCCACGUACACCCCCACGGAGGUCCGGGGCCCGCGAAGGGAAAGAAGAGGGAGGCUGAGUCUCCCUAUCCCGGGGGUCCCGCCCCUUUGUUCCGCAGCACCGCAGCUGGUACUCUUGCUGCCCCAGUUUCUCUUUUGAACGUCGCCUUCCCGUUACCUUGGUGCAGCUUUAGCUUUCCAGAGCCCGCCGGAGUCGGAGGUGUUCUCUUUAACACCGUGCGAAAACGGAGAUCCUCGGACUAUAGGUAGGAGGACCCGGCCGUGAGGGCACUCUGUGGCCCGGGAGUCGGUGACACCUGUCGUGGGAAGCCAGCGGAUACGCCUGGGAUGGUGGAGACCAGAGAUCUGGCACAGCUGCGGCAGCUCAACCUGGAGCUCCUGAGGCAGCUGUGGGUCAGACAGGAUGCCGUGCGGCGGUCCGUGGCCAAGGCAGCCUCAGAGUCAAGCCUGGGCUCCAGCAGCAGCUACGACUCAGAGAUGCCGUCAUCCCAAGAGGCGUCCUCAGUGGCCUCGAGAGCCUCCUGCCCACAGGAUGCCCACCAAGGUGACCCCUGUGAUAGGGACGGGGCCAGCUCCGGGGUGGUCUCUCUCCCACCUGCCAAGUGCCUCCACCAGGAGUCCCCGGGCCCACUGAGGCCCCACUCGGCUCCCUUGCUGGCCACCUCAGGCUUGAGCGACCCAGAGCUUUCAGCAGAGCUGGACAGUCUAGACACCCAGGAGGCACAGGCCCUGAAGUCCAUCCUGGCUCAGCGGAGCAAGCUGUCCGAGCCAAGAGUGACCAACAAGGAGUCUCCUGUGCCUGAGAAGAGCUGGCGCCUCAGACCGUGCCUGGGCUACGACUGGAUUGCAGGGUCUCUGGACAACAGCUCUCCCGUCGCCAGCAAGCCCGAGGCCUUCUUCUCGAAGCUGCAGAAGUUCCGGGAAGCCAACAAGGAGGAGUGUAUUUGCAGUGACCCCGAAUCCCAGUUCCUAGGCCUGCAGGACAGUGGUGCUGUGGAGGGGGACCACGAAUGUGAGUGUGUGUAUUGUUACCGUGUCAACCGGCGCCUGUUUCUGGUGCCUUCGGAUCCCGGCACCCCCUGCCGCCUGUGCCGGACACCACGGGACCAGCGGGGUCCAGAGACCCUGGCAGAGCCAGCGCAGGUCAGGGUGAGCAUCCCGCUGUCUGUCCUGGACCCCCCGCACCGGUACCGCAUCCACCGGCGGAAGAGCUUCGACGCCUCCGACACGCUGGCGCUGCCCCGGCACUGCCUGCUGGGCUGGGACAUUCUUCCUCCGAAGUCUGAGAAAAGCUCAGCCCCCAAGAGCCUGGACCUCUGGUCCAGUGUCUCUUCUGAGGCCCAACGUCGGAAGCUGUCAGCCGCCAGCCUUUCUCACCGGCUCCAGAUUCCCACAUGUGCCGGGUCUGUCCUGCUGAUGCCCUCAGAGCCCUGGAGGUGCCCUGGCCUCGGCCUGCCCCCCCUCACUUGCAGAAGGACACCUCUGACAACCUGUGCUGGGCGGGGUGGAUCCAGCGCCUUGAGUGUGGCUCUUUGUGCAGCUUCUAACUCUGGCUUCUGGCAACCACCGUUCUACUUUGUCUAUGAACGUGACUACUCUAGGGACCUCAUACAAGUGGAAUCAUACAGGGACACGGGUUCAAUCCCUGGUCCGGGAAGAUCCCACAUGCCGCGGAGCACCUAAGCCCGUGCGCCACAACUACUGAGCCUGUGCUCUAGAGCCUGCAUGGCGCAACUACGGAAGCCCGCGCGCCUAGAGCCCGUGCUCCUAACAAGAGAAGCCACUGCAGUGAGAAGCCCGUGCACCACAAUGAAGAGUAGCCCCCGCUCGCCACAACUAGAGAAAGCCCGGGCGCAGCAACAAAGACCCAACGCAGACAAAAAAAUAAAUAAAUUUAUUAAAAAAAAAAAAAAAAUUUCCUUGUAUGGAUCUA